AUGGGACCACAUGUUACAAGAAUUCUAAGCUAUAUAAAUCCACAGAAUAUUUUAAUUGCUCAAGGUUCAGGUCAUAACAAUAUAUUAAUAAGUAAUGACUAUGGGAAGAAAUGGAAUUCAACGAAUUUUCGUACACAAGGAAAUUUAAUCAAGAAUUCAAUAUCUCAAAUUAAUGCAACUUUAAUAUCUUGGACUAUGACCGCUGGAAAAUUUGAUCAGAAUAUUACUGGUAAUUCGUGUCAACUGUUUCAACAAGGUUCAUUUAAAUCUCGAAUCUUCAAGCCAGCUGCAAGAGUAAACAGAGCUGUUACUGUUCAUCAUCUGAAGCUGUUAUGA